CAACGACCUCAAGAACCACAACGACAACUACAACCACGACAACGACAACAACAACAACGACAACAACAACGGCCUCAAGAACCACAACGACAACUACAACCACAACCACGACAACCACAACCACGACAACUACAACAACUACUACUACAACGACAACAACUACGACGACAACAACGACUACUAUAACCACAACAACAACCACGACAACCACAACAACAACUACGACGACAACAACGACUACUAUAACCACAACAACAACCACGACAACCACAACAACAACCACGACCACGACAACCACGACGGCAACUACAACAACCACGACAACCACAACCACGACAACUACAACAACUACUACUACAACGACAACAACUACGACGACAACAACUACUACAACGACAACCACAACCACGACAACUACAACAACUACUACAACCACAACAACGACUACUAUAACCACAACAACAACCACGACAACCACAACAACAACCACGACCACGACAACCACGACGAACCACAACAACCAACCACAACGACAACUACAACCACGACAACGACAACAACAACAACGACAACAACAACGAACCACAACGACAACUACAACCACGACAACGACAACAACAACAACGACAACAACAACGGCCUCAAGAACCACAACGACAACUACAACCACAACCACGACAACCACAACCACGACAACUACAACAACUACUACUACAACGACAACAACUACGACGACAACAACGACUACUAUAACCACAACAACAACCACGACAACCACAACAACAACUACGACGACAACAACGACUACUAUAACCACAACAACAACCACGACAACCACAACAACAACCACGACCACGACAACCACGACGGCAACUACAACAACCACGACAACCACAACCACGACAACUACAACAACUACUACUACAACGACAACAACUACGACGACAACAACUACUACAACGACAACCACAACCACGACAACUACAACAACUACUACAACCACAACAACGACUACUAUAACCACAACAACAACCACGACAACCACAACAACAACCACGACCACGACAACCACGACGACAACCACAACCACGACAACUACAACAACUACUACUACAACGACAACAACUACGACGACAACAACUACUACAACGACAACCACAACCACGACAACUACAACAACUACUACAACCACGACAACGACCACGACAACGACUACUAUAACUACAACAACAACAACGACGACAACCACAACGACAACUACAACCACAACCACGACAACCACAACCACGACAACUACAACAACUACUACUACAACGACAACAACUACGACGACAACAACGACUACUAUAACCACAACAACAACCACGACAACCACAACAACAACCACGACCACGACAACCACGACGGCAACUACGACGACAACAACGACUACUAUAACCACAACAACAACCACGACAACAACAACUACUACAACGACAACCACAACCACGACAACUACAACAACUACAACAACAACUACUACAACGACAACCACAACCACGACAACUACAACAACUACUACAACCACGACAACGACCACGACAACCACGAUAACCACGACAACCACGACAACCACGAUAACCACGACUACUAUAACUACAACAACAACAACGACAACAACAACAGCCACCACCACAACAACAACGACCUCAAGAACCACAACAACCACAACAACAACCACAACAACAACAACAACAACAACAACGAGAAAGACAACAACAACAACGACAACCACAACCACAACGACAACAACUACUACAACCACGACAACGACCACUACAACAACAACAACAACAACAACAACGACUACUACAACCACGACAACGACCACUACAACAACAACAACAACAACAACGACAACAACAACAACGACAACAACAACAGCGACAACAACAACGACCUCAAGAACCACAACAACCACAACAACAACCACGACAACCACAACAACAACCACGACAGCCACAACAACAACCACAACUACAACAACAACGACCUCAAGAACCACAACAACCACAACAACAACCACGACAACCACAACAACAACCACGACAACCACAACAACAACCACAACUACAACAACAACGACAACGACAACAACAACCACGACAACAACGACAACAACCACGACAACCACAACAACAACAACCACUACUACCACAACCGGUCAAUUCCCCACGACCACUAUAAGCAGCACCACAACAACCACUACUACCACAACCGGUGAAUUUCCCGCGACCACUAUUAGCAGCACCACAACAACCACUACCACCACAACCGGUCAAUUCCCCACGACCACUAUAAGCAGCACCGCAACAACCACUACUACCACAACCGCUCAAUUCCCCACGACCACUAUAAGCAGCACCACAACAACCACUACUACCACAACCGCUCAAUUCCCCACGACCACUAUAAGCAGCACCACAACAACCACUACUACCACAACCGCUCAAUUCCCCACGACCACUAUAAGCAGCACCACAACAACAACCACAACAACAACCACGACAACCACAACAACAACCACGACAACAACCACAACCACAACGACAACGACUACUACAACCACGACAACGACCACUACAACAACAACAACAACAACAACAACGACUACUACAACCACGACAACGACCACUACAACAACAACAACAACAACAACAACGACUACUACAACCACGACAACGACCACAACAACGACAACAACAACGACCUCAAGAACCACAACGACAACUACAACCACAACCACGACAACCACAACCACGACAACUACAACAACUACUACUACAACGACAACAACUACGACGACAACAACCACUACUAUAACCACAACAACAACCACGACAACCACAACAACAACCACGACCACGACAACCACGACGGCAACUACAACAACCACGACAACCACAACAACCACAACAACAACCACGACAACCACAACAACAACCACAACAACAACCACAACAACAACCACGACAACCACAACAACAACCACAACAACAACUACGACAACAACGACCACAACAACAACCACGACAACCACAACAACAACCACGACAGCCACAACAACAACCACAACUACAACAACAACGACCUCAAGAACCACAACAACCACAACAACAACCACGACAACCACAACAACAACCACGACAACCACA